GAAAUUUCAAUGGCAAGCAUUUAGAUUACAUGCAUAUUUAGAGUUAGUCAUAUAAUACAUCUGCUAUAUAUAUAGAUAUGUCGCAUUUCAAAUAUAAACACUCUUAUAAUAUAGAUUUGAGAGAAAGAACAAAAUAAACACGUAUCAUGAGUAAAAAGUUUUUGGUUUUUUCUACCGUUCUUGUUUUUCUCUUCUCUUUAUCAUAUGCAACUCCCGGAAUUACAACUUUCUACACAAGUUAUACUCCAUCGGCAUGUUACAGAGGUACGCAAGGAGUGAUGAUAGCUGCAGCAAGUGAUCGAUUAUGGAACAAUGGUCGAGUUUGUGGCAAAAUGAUCACAGUGAAAUGCACCGGACCUCGUAACGCCGUGCCUCAUCCUUGCACUGGGAAAUCCAUGACGGUCAAAAUUGUUGACCAUUGUCCCAGUAGCUGUGCUUCUACGCUCGAUCUUUCCCGAGAAGCUUUUGCUCAGAUCGCUAAUCCUGUCGCUGGGAUUAUUAACAUUGAUUAUAUUCCGUAAUCAUUACUCCCUAUCCUUAUCACCUAGUAUAUUCUUUGUUAAUUUAAAGAAGCAGGAUUUUAAUUAUGAGAUUGUUUAUUUGUAUUUCACGGCCUAAACGUCGAUGAAGUUCUCAAGGAAAAUGAUGCUCAAGUCUAGAAAGUCCUAAUGGAACAUGUACACUACACACAUCAUGAGUUUUGUAAUAGUUUCAUAAUUAAAGUUUUUAAAACGUUCAAAACUGUAAGAAGAAAAAAAAAUCAAAAUUUUGUAACAAAUUAAAAACUUAUAUAUUAAAUUUACAAAAUAAUGCGAUAGCAUGUUGAACUUGUGGAAUCGACUAACG